AUGAACGCGCCAAAAGAAAAGCAAAAGAGGCCAAAGUGCGGCGACGUGAAAAACACCUCAACACCGCCUGUCCCGCCAUUCGCUGUUAACUCUUUCCCCCCACUGCCGCCACCACUUGCUACCCCCCACCUGCCCCCUCCUCGUUCCUCCUCGUGCUUUCCCCCCGCCAUCCGUACCGCCCCCCUACCCCCCCUUCAUUCCGCAACUAUGGCCGACGACAACGCCCCCUCUUCCGCCCCCGCGCCCCAGCCGCAGGCUCCCGUCCCCGCCCCGGUCCCUCCCGCCGCUGCCGCUGCCGCCGCCGCGUACAAUCCCAUGGCCCCCCAGUCCCACCUCAUGCAACAGCAGACUCGCCAGGCCCAGCUGCAGCAGCAGCACAACCUCCAGGAACUCACGGCCAAGCUCAGCCAGUUCUGGCUCGAGCAGAUGACCGAGGUCCAGCAGGCCACCGACUUCAAGAACCAUCUCCUCCCGCUCGCACGCAUCAAGAAGAUCAUGAAGUCCGACGAGGACGUCCGCAUGAUCUCCGCCGAGGCCCCCGUCCUCUUCGCAAAGGCCUGCGAGAUGUUCAUCCUCGAGCUCACGCAUCGCGCCUGGGCCCAGACCGAGGAGGCUAAGAGACGCACCCUGCAGAGAAGCGACAUCUCCGCCGCCAUUCAGAAAACCGACAUCUUUGACUUCCUUAUCGACAUCGUCCCGCGUGACGAUCCCAAAAAGGACGACGUCCGCCCCGUCACCGGCGCCGUUGACCAGACCCAGAUGCCGUACUACACCAUGGCCAACAUGCCCGCCUAUGGCAUGCCGCCGCAGGUCAACCCGGCCGCGACCGACACCUCAGCCGCCAUGAUGUAUUCGCACAACGCACAGGGCGUGUACGCUAGCGCAGGGUAUGCAAAUAACAUCGCCUACCAACCAGGCAUGGUCAACCCACAGUACAUGCGCAUGCAGCAGCCCGUCAUGUACGCCACCCCGGGCGCAUACGGCGCCCAAUAUCUCGCCGGGGGAACCGCCCAAGAUCAACAGCAACCUCCUCAGUCGUGAUCCGGAUGCCGGGCCUUGCUUGUCCCACCAUCCCUUUACCAUUCCAUUUUCUUUUUUGCCCUCACCAAACUUCUUCCCCCUGGCCUUACAUGUCACGAUCUCGCCAGCUGUUUGCUCCUGUUCCCGAGAUCGCGCCUCCCGCCUUUGUAUAGCUCCAGUCGUCACCUCGCACGCAAUCCAGAUUCACGCACGUUUGCUCGGCUUUCGCAACAAGAACAUUAUCCAUGCUCCCUUUUUGCUCAUACUUUUGCUCCUGGCGUCGCUGCUAGCUGCCCCAGCUGCUUGCCGUCUUGCUCCUUGCGAGGCGUUUUCUUUACCCUGUUUGCACAUAGCAAUUCACCGCCACUGCUGUUGCGUCAAAUCCUCGUAAACCCGUGUUUCGUUUCCACUUCCCUGUGUAGCGCUCUCUUUUUCUUGUUUUUUUGGUACCUCUUGUCAACUGCAGCAUCCUGCUCACAUCAUGUACCUUUGAAACUUUGGUCUCGCACUCAGAAGACGUCGUGGUUGAAGAAUCUCCGGUUUCCGGCAUCCAUCAACCGAAGGAAGCAUUACUUCUUCUGAGUUCGUCGCCCACCUGAGGUGGUACCAUAACAUAAACUCUGCUGAGGGUGCCGAUAGGCUUGCAUGCCACAUUCCCCACCUCCCCAGCACCGACGGGUGCUUUCCUUUCCACCUUGCCUUCAACACAAAUACCAUCGCCAAGGCGACCACCUAGACGGGCCUUACAAUCUUUCCCCAUUCCAGCAUCUCUUGCUGUCGGUUGAGGGGUAUGGGAGCAAUCAAGGGUAUUCGGUAUGGCUGUGCAGAGUCGGGAUUUCUCUGCUUUCAAAGUGAGAGCAGGCUUGUUCUAGACAUGGUGAAAAUGAGCGAGAACACUGGAGACUGCACGUGCAGCCGAGGGAAAUAUAGGGGGUUGCAUGGACGCCCCAAAUGUUCUAGGUCUGCGAGCCUUCGUCAUGAGAGGCCGUCUGAUGACAUGAAGUCCAAGGUGCAGUCAGUACUUCAGACGGACAGAACAAGGGCCUGCAUCCCUCCCGAAUAGCUUGAGAACAGCUGGGCCGUCUUGUCCUGCCACUGAGGAACUGUGGACGUGUUGACAGCCGCCAGAUGCUCUGAGCUUCGCCACGGACAUGGGCGUCGUGAAUGAGGGUGAGGGCGCGGGGAGGUAGGCGUGAGUCAGACAUGGUGAAGACUACAUGAGAGAAGUGGAAGAGCUAGGGUGUUCGUAGCCUGGCUGGGUGGGGACCGAGAGUGGCAACUGGCUGCCGCUGGUGACCGUUCGAUUGGAGACUACACUUAUUUCUAGGCUUAGUACAGGCGGAUGUCGAGCAAAGUUGUGACGGGCGGCGAGAGACUUGAGCAACAGCUCGCCGCCACUUGUUGUUCCAAGAAGCUCCGUCUUCUUGACGAAGCACGUUGUGCCAAUUUACGAAUCAAAAAUUUGUCAUUUUU